CCCCAUCUUCUACUGCCCCGCAGACCUCUUCAAGAUCGAGGAGAGCUUCAUUAACACUAUCUUAUUCUCUCUUUUUCAUUCCCUUCUAUUAUAAAUCUAUUGAAUUCCGAUAGACCGCCGCCAAGAUGUCGUCGCUCGAAGCAACCAUGAUCAUCGUGGAUAAUAGCGAAAGCAGUAGGAAUGGGGACUAUACCUCGACAAGAUGGCAAGCACAGAUCGACGCCGUCAGCGUCAUUCACACCGCCAAGAUGCGCGUACAUCCCCAGUCAGCCGUCGGACUUAUGAGCAUGGGUGGAAAGGGUCCUGAGGUUCUGUCGACGUUCACCUCCGACUUUGGUGCUAUCCUGGCCGGUCUGCACCGCACUAAGAUCCAUGGCACUACCCACCUUAGCUCCAGUAUACAAGUGGCCGGUCUUGCUUUGAAACAUCGUUCCGAGAAAUCCCAACGCCAACGCAUCAUCGUGUUCUCGUGCUCUCCUAUCGAAGAAGAUGAGAAGUCAUUGAUUAAGCUGGCUAAGAAGAUGAAGAAAGUCAACGUAUCUAUCGAUGUCAUCGCCUUCGGAGACCUCGAAUCCGAUCAAACCAAGAAGCUGGAGGCGUUCGUCGAGAACGUCAAGGGUGGCGACGGCUCACACCUGGCCAUCAUCCCUCCUGGUCCGAACCUGUUGAGCGAGGAGCUUCAAAUGACGCCCAUUCUGGGCGGUGAUGGUGCUGGAGCAGGCGAUGCAGGUGCAGGUGGUGAAACCGGUGAUUUUGGAUUCGAAGAUGCGGCAGAGAACGAUCCCGAAUUGGCGUUCGCCCUACGCUUAUCCCUGGAAGAAGAGAAGAACCGGCAAGAAAAGGAAAAGCGGGAGCGAGAGGAGCAAGAACGGAAAGCCAACCUGGAUAACAUUCCGGAGGAAGGACAAUCGGGUGAAUCGAGCGGGAGCAAAGAUAAGAAGGAUGACGGUGACAAGAUGGACACCGCGUAGAGAAGGAAGCUUGAAUAAUUUCUGGAGGACGAAUCUGAUGCAUACCCGGCGUUUUAUCAAUGUGCUUUCGUAUUUUCCUGUAUUCUAGAAAGCGAUCCUAGGUGAUGCGCUUUUGGAAGGAUGUGAUUGAAGUCUAUCGUAUGUUUCAUGACCAACAAGCACGAAAAAGAAAAUAUGUAAUUACAACCAGGACAAUCGUCAUCAAAAUGCGUCAUUAACGUCACCACAAAUCGACCUUCCAGCAGUCUAUUGCCUC